UGUUAACGUUUUACAACUCGGUCUUGUAAUGAAUGUGCCCGCUACGAAGAAGCGGGAAGGAAUGUGGCUUAAAAUAACACAUCAUGAGCGAACGUAAAGGGGCUGUGUCGUGCUCGCCAGAAUGUGCGUGUGUGUGCAGCUCUCUUCAGACCACUGUCCUCUGCAUGGCAGUGACGACGAACCGUCGCUGUGCGAAGGGGCACCAACGGACGACUGAUGGGAAAAAGCAGUGUAGAUACGAAAAGAAGGAGAAGUGUGGUAGUGGAGGAGGGCAAGAGGUACCGCUGGCUGCGCGGAUUCCAGCGAGCCUCGCUGCCACACGCACACGCGCUUCUCGGAAACGCCCGGUUCUGCCGGGCGAAGCCAUGUGCGACGACGGUGGCGGCGGCGGCGAUGGCGGCGGCGGCGAUGGCGGUGGAGGCGGAGGCAGCGGCGGCGGAGACCGUGGCGGAGGCGGAGGCAGCGGCGGAGGUGUAGGCGGCCCUGCACAAGCGGUCGGGGAAAUUGCGUUUCCGCAGCUGGCGUCUGCAAACAUCUCGGGCGGCGGCGGCGGCGGCGGCGGCUGCCCGCAGCGCAGAGAGCGCCCGCCCCCGGAGAAGGACGACCGCGGAGCCUCCGGAUGA